AACGUUUGCUGAAAUUGUAAAAUUUGCCAAAACAUUUGUUUCGGUCAAUAAGUUGAUGCUGUUCCAUUGUUUCUGAAUUGAAGCUGAAAAUGGAUUCGGAGAAAAUCGAAAGCAUCACAAAUGUAAUGGAGUAUGAGGCAAUUGCAAAGGAGAAAUUGCCGAAGAUGGUUUACGAUUAUUAUGCAUCUGGGGCAGAGGAUCAGUGGACUCUCCACGAGAAUCGAAACGCCUUUUCUCGUAUAUUAUUUCGGCCUCGUAUUUUAGUUGAUGUUAGUAACAUUGAUAUAACCACAACAAUUAUGGGUUACAAGAUCUCAAUGCCUAUCAUGGUUGCUCCAACUGCUAUGCAGAAAAUGGCACACCCUGAAGGAGAGUUUGCCACUGCGAGGGCUGCAUCAGCUGCUGGCACAAUCAUGACAUUAUCUUCAUGGGGUACAUCGAGUGUUGAAGAGGUUGCCUCAACUGGACCAGGCACUCGAUUCUUCCAGCUCUACGUUUUCAAAGAUAGAAAUGUCGUUAAACAGCUAGUGAGAAGGGCUGAGAAAGCUGGUUUCAAGGCAAUUGCCCUUACGGUUGAUACUCCGAGACUAGGGCGAAGGGAAGCUGAUAUCAAGAACAGGUUUGCCUUGCCUUCCAACUUGACACUUAAGAAUUUCGAGGGCUUGGAUCUUGGCACUAUAGACAAGACAAAUGACUCAGGGCUUGCUUCAUAUGUUGCUGGUCAAGUUGACCGAUCCCUUAACUGGGAGGAUGUGAAGUGGCUUCAGACAAUCACUAAAUUACCGAUUCUAGUGAAGGGAGUGUUAACGGCCGAGGACGCAAAACUGUCCGUACAAGCUGGAGCAGCAGGAAUAAUCGUGUCCAAUCACGGUGCUCGACAGCUUGACUAUGUUCCUGCAACGAUAAUGGCCUUGGAAGAGGUUGUGAAAGCUGCAGAGGGUAAAGUUCCAGUGUUUCUCGACGGUGGGAUUAGGCGUGGAACUGAUGUGUUUAAAGCAUUAGCACUCGGAGCAUCUGGCGUAUUUAUUGGACGGCCGGUAAUUUACGGAUUAGCAGCUGAUGGUGAAAGGGGUGUAAGGAAAGUACUUCAAAUGCUUCACGAUGAGUUCGAACUGACUAUGGCAUUGAGUGGUUGUCGGUCGAUUAAGGAAAUUACGCGUGCACACAUUACGACGCCUUGGGAUGGCCCACGUGUGUCGCCCCGUUUGUAGAUGUGGUCCCCACCUCAAAAGCAGGACAAGAUUGGUGAGAAGGUCCAUGUUUUAUUUAUUUUAAAACAUUAUUGGCUGGCUUAAUUAACAUUAACAUGCCUACAUUAAGAAAGUGAAUUGUGAUGUUAAUGUUCUACUUUGCAUUUCCAUAUGGGGAUUAAGAAUAAUGUUUCUGUCACCAAUUCUUUGUCUAACUCCAUCAUUGAUUAGAGCAAAAAAUGCAAUGAUUAUGUGAAGUCAAAAA